AUGUCCGCUAUACAGAACCUUCACUCUUUCCACCCUUUUGCUGAUGCAAGGAAGGGUGAUGAGCUGCUUCCUGCUGGCACUGAGGACUUUGUCCAUAUAAGAGUUCAAAUUCAACAGAGAAACAACAGAAAGACUCUUACUACUGUCCAAGGGAUGGCUGAUUACGAUAAAAAGAAGGCCUUUAAGAAGAAAUUUACCUGCAAGGGUACUGUAAUUGAGCAUCCAGAAUAUGGAGAAGUAAUUCAGCUGCAGGGUGAGCAGCACAAGAACAUAUGCCAGUUCCUGAUAGAGACUGGACAGGCUAAGGACGGUCAGCUGAAGGUUCAUGGGUUCUGA